AUUUAAGACAUAUUUUAAAGUUAAAACCCGUAAAAAGUCAAAUGAAACAACCACAACAUGAGUAAACGGAAUUAUACAUACAAAGGUUAAAAUUCCUAAAAGGAACCGACUACUAGUCUACUACAAUGUUAAUUAAGACUAUUGAUUGAUUAAGCACUUCACCGGCUCAUCGCGAGUUCUCCUGUCCAUCUCCCAAUCUACUUAGCUAGGUAUGGAGAUCACACCACUAGAUAUUCAAGCGUUUAAGAGUGAGCGACCACUAGGUAGGGUGGAUGCGUUUGGCAAGACUUUCCUUGGUCACAUUCCUGCUAACAAUUCUUAUGGACUUGGGGAGAUGGAUGUGGCGAUCAGAGUGUCACACCCUCGAAUAGAAGAUCAGGAAGAGAAUCUUCAAAUACAGUUUAAAAAUGAGUUGAAGUUGUGUUCUCUGAAACAUCGCAAUAUUAUUGGUUUGAUUGGAUUUUCCGAGACAAAGGAGAACUUUUACCUUGUCUAUGAAAUGCUGCAAGCCAGGCCGUUAUCAGAACUUGUCAAGGGCUUGACAUGGGAACAAGCAUUGAAGGUUCUAAAAGGAACUGUUUCCGGGUUGGCUUUUCUUCAUAGCCAUUCAGAAGGGCCAUUUGUGCAUUCCAACAUCAGUACUAACAGCAUUCUUAUUACUAAGGACUUCAUCCCUAAAGUCGUUGAUUUUAGGCAUUGUGUAGUGGAAGGGCAAAGAACCACCUAUGAUAAUCCCAGAUACUAUCCUUCAACACAAGAAGGUGCUAUUGUCAAGGAAGACAUUUUUGCGUUUGGACUUCUUGCCCUGCAGCUGAUUACCAAAGAUGGAAGAACAGCUUAUGCAGUGGAGGAAGGUCUAGACAUCUCUCCUCGCCACAUACUUGAUUUAUAUGUCCCAAUGUUCAGAGAGAAGGGAAAUCUUGUGCAUGCAUCAUAUGGGCAAGAAAAGGAAUCUGAGAAAGAUUACAGAAAUGAUAUUUAACUGUUUGAAGAAGGAUUCUCCGCUUGAUUUGACAAGUUUUCACAGAGAUUUGGUUUUAUUAAGCUUAGCUAAACAAUGUUAAUUGUCAGUUGGUUGUCCAUAUCAUGUUCCAGUAGUUGUAAUAUUGUCACCAGGUAUGAGCAGUGAUAUGUACAGAAAAAAAUCAUUUGCAGCAAUAGUAAUUCUUAUUAUACUGAGGUUAUGUGACA